GUUUGUUUAGAGGCAACCGACAAGACUAGGUCUUCAUGUCAGCAAGGCUGUUGACGAAUCAAGCUAGGCCGGGCUCAUAUGAGCUGGUCGCUUCCACCGAGGAUCGCUCCUGGACUCGGUGAGCUCCACCCAUAGCUUUCCUCUCAGCGCCACCGGCACAAGUCUGCCCGGCCUCGUACGGCACCGAGGCAACAUCUUCACAUGUACCAGCAGCAACGAGACAGGGACAGCUUGAGUGCAUCAAAUGUCACAUCUGAGCGCAGCGGAGAGGGGCCAAAGCUCAAAUAACGCGGCGAUGAACCACUGUCCACUCCUACCAGGAGAGUCGAGCAGGUCGUCUGCAGCAUCAGCUUUGAGCCCAUCGGUCAGCAUGGCCGAUAGCACCCAAGGCGAAGAUUCCAUCGAAGGUCGAUCGCUUCUGAGCGCUUCAAGUCACGAAUCUACAGGCGCUUCAGAGUCUGUGAUACGCGACCCCAAUGCUGAUGACGCGGCGCCAACAGGUGGCAAACAUGGAGUCGCAGGGACAGUUGCGAGUUCAGGCGUUACUGAAACUGUCAACGGGGCCGGCCCGAUCAGCUUUGCUCGAGUUGGGCAGCUGCUGCAUGAUACCCACGUGUCCAUCUCAGGGCAAAACGUGGCCGCCACCGACCUCGGCUCAGACGCUGAAGAUUUUGACGCCCCUAUCACUCUCGCCGCCGAUCCACGCUCGCCACCUGCUGGCGUAUUCUCGACCCUGCCUUCGGCGAGAGAGCUGCUAUUAACUCCUUCUACAUCGUCCCCCUCUAUCGUUGUCAGUGAAUCCGACGCGCCACAAGAACAAGUCGAGCGAGGGUCUCGAAGAUCCUCCAUGGCCGAUUCCGAGUCACCCGCGGCGCAAACGCGAGGCAGCUCGAGCGAAGGUUUACAGCUGGAACCUUCUCACGUCACCAAACUGCCUCAGAAGCUGCUUCCUCCCUUGGUUGCCGACUAUGCAUGUCCUAUCUGCUUCGAAGCGCCGCGCAACGCAGUUGCCACACCCUGCGGGCACGUCUUGUGCGGCGAGUGCUUGUUCCAAGUGGCCAAGACGGAAGCGGAGAAAGCGGCAGCUGAAGCACGCUCACGUCGCGCCGCAUUCAUGCCUGGAUCAUUUGGGGAUAUUAGCUAUGCGACCCUUCUCCGCCAGAUGGAGCCUGUGACGGCUCGCAUUCGCCGUGUUCUGGCUGAAACUGGCAUCCAGCCUUUGCCCUCUGCCACCGCGGAUCGCAUGGCAGCCCUCCUUGCCGGCGAUAUGACUGCUUUGGGUGACGCAGAGGAGGCAUGGCUCGCUGCAGCACGUGCACAUGGCGUACACUUGAGGAUGCAACAAAGUGCGCCUGCAGAGCAGGGCCCGUUUCACCAUUUCCGCGCUCUUAUGGGUAUCCUCCGUUCUCAAUUUGGCAGUGCUGGACCUGGUAUCGACGGAAGCGGCAGCAGCGGCGGUGCAAAUGGAGGGCUGGAAGCAAAUCGUGCGAACGUCGGAGAUUCAUCUUCAUCGGCCGAUGCACCGGCUCAGGUAUCUUCCUCCUUGACUCGUCAACCAGGUACACGCCGCAUCUCCGUUGAAGAUUUGGAUCCGAUGCGCCACGCCUGCCCCGUCUGCCGUACACCCAUCAGUGGUGGCUUCUUUGGAGGAUUGAAGAAGAAGGCUGUACAAGGACUCAGAUUCAAGCAUGGCAAGCCGUCGGACACGCUCGAGCUUCGUUAUGGCAAGGAAUACGCAGACGCCAUGCGCCCAUCGACGCUCGCCACCGCUAGCAAUGGCCCGCGUGCGCCUGGUGCCCUCCUUGAGGGCAAGAGCAAGGGAAAGGGAAAGAAGAGGCAACUGACGAGCAGCGAAAUGGACGCGAAAAGGGCAGCACAGGCGCUGCACGGGGGGAAGCCGGCCAUCAUCGAUCUCGCCGGCGACAGCAGCAUCGAGAGUGGAGAGAGCAUCGCGCCUGCGUAUAAACGCAGGCGCUGUGGGACUCGAGGCUCGCGUAUACGCGCGGGCGAGGACGUGAACGGGUCGGGCAGUCCGAACGCCUCUUCCAGAUCGAGGAUAAUAACGACGGCAACGGCGGCCAAGAAAGGAGGGUCGAGGGAAGAUGCCAUCAUCGUCACUUGAUUUUGGCCUUCCGUGGCAAGGCGAAGGAUCUCGAGGACGAUGCAUGGCGAAGAGCUAUUCAUCAGGGACGAUACCUUGGAUCUCAGCUGAUGCUGCACAGCAGCUCUGGUCGGUGUCCGGCCUACACAUUAGCAUUACUUGUUGAAUACCUCAUUGUACUUAUAUACACCAUUGAUUGGCAUGACAUUCAGUCCCGG